UUUGCAUGGGGAUAGGUGCGUUAAUAUGAGUGCUACGUUGUGAGCUGUAUAAAAGAAGAGUGUGGGAAUAGGUUUUAUCUGAACAGAACUUAACCAAAACCCAAACAAAUUGAAAGAAAAAAAAAACUUUUUUCCUUCUUCCUUGAUCCUUUAUCUUUUUCGAAGAAGUGAAUCUGGACGAAGAACUAAGGCCGCCAAUUUUGGAAUUUGAACCAUCAAAUUCAUCAACAACAAAAAAUAAAGAUCUUAAUCUUUGAAUUUCUACUUGUAUUUAAGCUUCUUGAUUCACCUUAAACCCGAGUUAUUUCAUUUCUUUUUCCACCUCUUUCUUUGUCUUCUUCUUCUUCUUCUUCCGGGUCACUAAGACAUGAAGUUUUUCGGGUGGAUGCAGAACAAGCUACAUGGGAAACAAGAGAUUACUCAUAGACCAAGCAUAUCCUCUGCUUCUUCUCAUCAUCCGAGAGAGGAGUUUAACGAUUGGCCUCACGGAUUACUCGCGAUUGGUACAUUCGGUAACAAAAAGCAGACACCACAAACACUUGAUCAAGAAGUGAUUCAAGAAGAGACAGUGUCUAACUUACACGUGGAAGGUCGUCAAGCACAAGAUACAGAUCAAGAGCUUUCUUCCUCCGAUGAUCUAGAAGAAGAUUUCACUCCCGAAGAAGUUGGGAAACUACAGAAGGAGCUGACGAAACUCUUGACGAGAAGGAGUAAGAAAAGGAAGUCUGAUGUGAAUCGAGAAUUAGCGAAUCUUCCUUUGGAUAGAUUCUUGAAUUGUCCUUCGAGUCUUGAGGUCGAUAGAAGAAUCAGUAACGCGCUUUGUGAUGAGAAGGAGGAAGACAUUGAGCGUACAAUCAGUGUUAUCCUAGGGAGAUGCAAAGCUAUUUCUACAGAGAGCAAGAACAAGACGAAGAAGAAUAAAAGAGAUUUGAGCAAAACCUCUGUUUCUCAUCUUCUCAAGAAGAUGUUUGUCUGUACAGAAGGUUUUUCUCCCGUUCCUCGCCCUAUCUUGAGAGACACGUUUCAAGAAACAAGAAUGGAGAAGUUGCUGAGAAUGAUGCUACACAAGAAAGUUAACACUCAAGCUUCAUCAAAGCAAACAUCGACAAAAAAAUACUUGCAAGACAAGCAACAGCUCUCGUUGAAGAACGAGGAAGAAGAAGGACGAAGCAGUAACGAUGGGGGGAAAUGGGUCAAAACAGAUUCUGAUUUCAUUGUUCUUGAGAUCUGAAUAUAUGGUCCACUUUUCCUUUUUCAUGUUCUUUCAAGAAAAUACAGGUAAAAUAAUUGACCUGAUCAGUGAAUCUUUGUUAUAUUAGCUUUGCUCAUAGUACUGAAUCUUAUACUAAAUAUUCUAUGUUUUGGCAGAUAGAGAAUCUUCACAAUAUCAAGACAAUUUCUUUUUCUCUCUGAUGAAAAGUUUUUGGGUCUCUCUAUCUAUCUGCAGAGAGCCCAUGAGUCCCUUUUUUUGCAUGGUUGGGUCCAUAAAACCAAAACAUGUUUUGGGAACUAAACAUCAGACAUCGUACAUGAGAUAUGUAUAUGCAUACAUACAUGUGUGUAUAUGUAAAGAUAGAUAUAUAUGCGUACAUGUAUGUAGUUUUGUAUUUUCAGGUGGAUAACCUUUGGUUUCUAGAAUUCCUGUCUCUGUCUCUUUUUUUUUUUAAAACUCUUUUUUGUAUCUUUCAUUUUUACAUGGUUUUGUUUCUUCAUGUAUCACAGAAGAGAACUAUUCAGAUUAAUAAAUACUUUUAUCGUAGCCUUGU